UGAAAGAAAGAAAGAAAGAGGUGGCGGCGGAUCUUAGUUAGAGUUAGAGCAGAGAAGAACCAAAACAUAACAACAAUGUCAUAACACAUCCAACGGUCUACAUCAAAGCCCAUGACGUGAUCCAACGGUCACCACCGCAACCGCUUCCACGAAGCCAAACCCGAUAACAAUAACACAACAUCAUCAUCCUCUUAUACCUCUCUUUCACUCUCUCUCAAAAUCCAGAUUCAAAACCUCUCUCUUUUUCUCUCACAACUUCAAUUAUUCUCCAUUUUCAUUUUCCAUAACAGAGAAACAGAGGCACUAUAAUCAUAAUAACAAGAAGAAGAUGCAAUCAUCCAACGGUUCUGAUUCCCAACAAACGGAGCAGCAGCGGCAACCGCCUCAGCCAGUGGCACUGGCGCCGCCACCGCAGCAGCAGCAGUGGGUGCCGAUGCAAUACCCUGCCGCCGCGAUGGUAAUGCCGCACCACAUGUUGCCGCCACAGCAUUACGCGCCGCCGCCGCAGGCCUACAUGCCUUACCAUCAAUACCAGCAGCAGGUGCCGAUGCACGUGCCGUCUCACUCGCACCAGGGAUCCAGCGCCGCCGAUAACAAGACGAUCUGGGUCGGUGAUUUGCAUCACUGGAUGGAUGAGAAUUAUCUCCACCGCUGUUUUGCUUCCAUCGGCGAGAUUAACUCUAUUAAGGUUAUUCGCAAUAAGUCUACUGGUCUGUCAGAGGGUUAUGGAUUUGUGGAAUUCUAUUCACAUAGCACAGCUGAGAAAGUCUUACAAACUUAUGCUGGGAUGUUGAUGCCUAACACGGAGCAACCUUUCCGCCUGAACUGGGCAACAUUUAGCACAGGAGACAAGCGUUCAGAUAAUGUUCCUGAUCUCUCUAUUUUUGUAGGAGAUUUAGCUGGAGAUGUUACAGAUACCAUGUUGCAUGAAACUUUUGCUAAUAAAUACCCUUCUGUUAAGGCUGCAAAAGUUGUUUUUGAUGCCAAUACUGGACGUUCAAAGGGUUAUGGUUUCGUCAGGUUUGGAGAUGAUAAUGAGAGGUCUCAGGCCAUGAAUGAAAUGAAUGGUGUUUACUGUUCGAGUAGGCCUAUGCGAAUUGGGGCUGCAACUCCUAGGAAAUCAUCUGGCUAUCAACAAGGAGGCCAGUCAAAUGGCACAUCCAGCCAAUCUGAAGCUGAAUCUAAUAACACAACUAUAUUUGUUGGUGGACUUGACCCUAAUGUUAAUGCUGAAGAUCUUAGGCAGCCAUUCUCACAGUAUGGUGAGAUAGUCUCUGUUAAGAUACCUGUUGGAAAAGGAUGUGGUUUUGUACAAUUUGCAAACAGAAAUAAUGCUGAAGAGGCGUUGCAGAAGCUAAAUGGCACAACGAUUGGAAAGCAAACAGUUCGUCUUUCUUGGGGCCGCAAUCCGGCAAAUAAGCCGCAGUUUAGAGGGGAUUUCGGCAGUCCUUGGAAUGGGGCGUAUUAUGGGGGACCUGUUUAUGAUGGUUAUGGAUAUGCUUUUCCGCCAUCGCCUCAUGAUCCCAGCACAUUUGCUGCUGCUUAUGGGGCUUACCCUGUUUAUGGAGGUCACCAACAGCAAGUAAGCUGAAUGAAGUGCAGUGCAGUGGAGUAGUACUUCCAACAGCAUCAAGUUUGUAUGAGCAAAUUAACUUCUCUCCCUUGUAACUUGCUUGAUCUGUUGAAUUCUGAAGAAUCCCUCCUAAUUGUGGAGUGGAGUUGAAUUUUGGCAACCUGAGGUAGCAUGAUAGGAAUUCAAUUAAUCAUUCGUUUUAGACUCGUAGGAGUAAUGAAAAAUUUGAACUUGUUUUCUGGAAUAAUUAUCUUAAGUAUGACUACGUCUAUUAUUGCA